AUGGUGCUGAGGCGGACAGGAGGCACGGUGAGGUGGAUAGAAGAGGAGGACCUGAGAGAACAGACUGGAGUGGUGACAUGGAGGAGGUCAGACAGAGAGCCACAGUGCAGAGGUCCACGGACUCAAUCAGGGGUCCGACAACCUCCAAUCAGGGCCUUCAUGGACGACUUGACAGUCACGACAGAGUCGGUACCAGGAUGCAGGUGGAUCCUCCAAGGGCUGGAAAGGCUCCUCCGGUGGGCGCGGAUGGGAUUUAAACCAGCAAAGUCAAGAUCGCUUGUGGUGAGGAAGGGAAAGGUCACGGACAGGUUCCGGUUCACCAUAGAAGGGUCAACGAUACCACCUUUAACAGAGAAGCCUGUGAAGAGCUUAGGCAAGGUCUUCGACAGCAGCCUCAAAGAUACCGCAUCUGUCCAGUCAACCUGCCAGGACCUGGACAGCUGGCUGGGAGCAGUGGAUAGAUCUGGCCUCCCCGGAAAAUUUAAAGCAUGGAUAUACCAGCACGGUAUAUUGCCAAGGAUACUCUGGCCGCUACUGGUCUACGAGGUCUCUAUCUCCACCGUGGAGACCCUGGAGAGGAAGGUGAGCACUUAUCUCAGGAGAUGGCUGGGGUUGCCUAGAAGCCUCAGCACCAUCGCCCUCUACGGGAACACUACAAAGCUCCGGCUGCCCUUGAAGUCUCUUGAAGAGGAGUUCAAGGUGACUCGGACCAGAGAAGUGAUCCAGUAUAGAGACUCAAGUGACCCAAGGGUGGCCCAGGCAGGAAUUGUGGUGAAGACCGGAAGGAAAUGGAGCGCCCAGGCGGCCGUACUGGAUGCGGAGGCACGAUUACGCCACAGAGACCUGGUGGGGGUUGUGGCCCAGGGCAGAGCAAGCCUGGGGAUGUUUCCAACACCGCACCGCCACAAGGAGCGCCAGGGGAAGGAGAAAAGAAGGCAGAUUCUGGAGGAGGUCAGAACGUCAGUGGAAGAAGUAAGAACAUGCAGAGCGGCAGGUCUGAGACAGCAGGGGGCCUGGACCAGAUGGGAGCAUGCUGACCGCAAAGUUACAUGGACGGACCUUUGGCAGGCUGAACCUCACCGCAUCAGCUUCCUGAUCCGGGCAGUUUAUGAUGUACUGCCUAGCCCAGCGAACCUUGUCACCUGGGGGAAAGCUGAGACCCCGGACUGCCCACUGUGUUCAGCGAGAGGAACUCUGGAGCAUGUUCUGAGCUCCUGCCCGAAAGCGCUCAGUCAGGGCCGUUACACCUGGCGCCACAACCAGGUGCUGAAGCCAGUUGCAGAAGCCAUUAGCAAGGGCAUCAGCAGCUGCAACCGAGUGCACAAGGACACCCAUGCAAUCGCUUUCAUCAAAGCAGGAGAACAGCCAGGGGCAGGCCGCAGGAAGACACCAGCAGGGAUCCUGGCAUCUGCUAAAGACUGGAAGCUCUCUGUAGACCUGGAGAAGCAGCUACGCUUCCCCCAGCACAUUGUCAGCUCCACCCUGAGGCCAGACAUCCUCCUGGUCUCUGAGAGCACUAAGAACAUCAUCAUGUUGGAGCUGACGGUGUCAUGGGAGGACCGCUUGGGGGAGGCCCACGAGAGGAAGAGGGCAAAGUAUGAAGACCUCGUCGUCGACUGUCAGAAGCAGGGCUGGAAGGCUAGAUGUAUGCCCAUCGAGGUUGGUAGCAGAGGAUUUGUGGGGCAGCCAUACCACAAAGCCCUCAGCGCCUUGGGCAUCACAGGAGCAGCAAGGACCAGAGCUAUUAAGAACACCACCGAAGCAGCUGAGAAAGCCUCAAGAUGGCUCUGGAUCCAGAGAGGAAAACCAUGGGGACAAGCUAAUACCUCCUGAACACA